AUGUAUGCCGGCUGGUUUGACUGUGAUGGCCCUGAUGCCUAUUGGGACGGUUGGCGUGGGUCUUAUAAGGAUGGCGUGACGGCACUCCACGAAGCAGCUAGGGUUGGAUGCUUGGAGAUUGCCCAUCUGCUCAUUGAUGCGGGUGCGGACGUGGAAGCGAUGGACGAUGAUGGGAUCACGGUGUUACACGAGGCAGCCACAUACACCUUUUCCAUGCAGGCAUUCGAUUUGCAGCCAACAGGCAUGGUGGAUCUACUUCUUGCCCACGGCGCUGAUAUCAACGCGCACUACGGCCCGAAGAAGGCAACCGUACUGCACUGUGUAGCUGCUCAAGGGAACGUUGCCAUGUACUACUACGUACCUGUAUCCUUCACCUUGGACAAGAAGGCUUUCGGCAGAGGCAUUACUACUUCCGUACCUUCCAGUACCUUAACUCACUGCCCUCAUCUUACCGUAAUAUAG